GCCCUCGCCAGCUUGAUGUAAUCCGAGUGAUUUGCUCCGACGGAAAUAAGUGAAAAUUGUAAACUUGUACCGGCUUUAAAAGCUUUGUUUACACAUUCGUGCACUUUUUACAUUUGAUUGUAUAUAUAUAUAAACAUAUAUGCUCUCUUUAUGAAACGACUUCUAUAGCAUUUAGGUCUCUUCGUUCUUCCGUUGGUAAAAUUUGGCAAUGAAAGGAAUGAUACUCGCGGCGCUUGUUUGCUGGGUGUUUGUAGCGGAAGUGGAGAGUCACGGACGCCUUAUGGACCCACCGGCCCGUGCAAGCGCCUGGCGGGCAGGAUUCCCGACACCCCGAAACUACGACGACAACGCCCUGUUCUGCGGAGGAUUUGCGAACCGGAUGAACCAGGGAAAUAAGUGCGGUGUGUGCGGGGACCCCUACAACGGUCGACGGGAGAAUGAGGCGGGCGGCAAGUUCGCAACUGGAACCAUUGUCCGCAAAUACAAGAUGGGUCAGGUGGUUACAAUGAAGGUGGAUAUAACUGCAAACCACUUCGGCUGGAUGGAGUUUAGAAUCUGCCCCAACAAUAACGUCAACGUGCCCGUUAAGCAAGCAUGCCUCGACAAGCACGUGCUGCAGAGAGCUGAUGGACAAGGCACAAAGGAGCCAAUAAACGAUAAGCGGACGGGUUACUGGAACAUGGACUUCCGGUUGCCGGCCGGCAUGACCUGCUCACAGUGCGUUAUCCAGUGGAAGUACCACGCAGCAAACAGUUGGGGUGUCGGAUCAAACGGGGAAGCGUGCGUAGGCUGCGGGGAACAGGAGGAGUUUUACGGCUGUGCGGAUGUUGCCAUAGAAGCGGACGGCGCUCCCCUGCCGCCUGUCACACAGGUGCCACCACAAACGACCGCUGCUCCGCCCAAAACCACCAGGCCGACAACCACGAGGACGACGCCUACCACUACCACACCUAGACCAACAAUGACCAAUGUUCAGAAAGAAACUACGAGGUUUUUCAUCGGUGCCCGUGUGGACGGCGACUGUUACGCUAUCAACCUGUGGAAGGGGGACCCGACCCUAGACCAGUGGUGCGUGGAGAACUGUGCCCAGGGCAGGUGCCCAGCAUAUGGAUGUGCCUGUAACGACGCAAGUAGCACCGACACUACCAGACGCACCACAACCACCACGACAACAACGACACCUAGACCAACAACAACACCGACAACAACAACGACGACCACGACGCCGCGGCCCACAACAACCACGACAACAACAAGAAAGAUAACUACUACCCCGACAACGACGACGAGCACUUCCACGGCGGCUCCCGGAAACGGACAGAUGACGUAUGUGACCAGAUAUGUGUGUAAGGCCAUCAACCUGUGGGCCGGAAACCAGUACCUCGACAGAUGGUGCGCGGACUCGUGUGCACGCGGGAAUUGCCCGGAUGACUCGUGCAAGUGUUCGAUGGUUCAGCAGGUGAUGACAGUCCCCACCACCAAGAUCGUGUUCCCCAUGUCAACAUCUGCCCCUACCAAGCCACCAACCCAGCCGGACACACAGCCACCUACCACCCAUGGCGUCCAAAACACCCGGGUCUGUCGGGCCCUCUCACUGUGGGAGGGAAUCGAUGUCUUUGACAGAUGGUGUACGGAGAACUGUAUAAAGGGUGACAUAUGUCCACCAGAAACAUGUGAGUGUACAGACAGCGCGCUCUUCCCAAUGUCGACCACGACCGCCGCAGCCCGCCCCAGCACGACCGCCGCAACCCAACCGGCCAACGCGCGCUCCGGCAGGUGCGAGCCAAACGGCAUUCUUGGAGGGGCGUACUGGAGCCAGUGGUGUCAGGACCAGUGUGACCGCGGCUACUGCGCCGUCGACCAGUGCAUCUGCUACCAAAACUGACCGAAAAUCGAAGAUCUGAAACAGUUACAAUAGAAAGAAACAAAAACAAUAUAGUGAAAAUAGCGACCUAUUGAUUGUUGAUACUUGAAGAGUGUCAUGUGUAUCAUAUUUUAUAAGAAAAUAAAAUUAAAAUUUAUUUCAAUGUGA